AAGCUACCCAGCUACGAACUGAGCAUUUGUGGUCUCUCGAACAUCAAGUUUCAAAGGUGACCAGAGAUUGCCCUGAUAGCGGUGGUAAGGGCAGAAGUCGGCUUGGACCGGGACAGAGAGAGCUGCAGAUGGAUGCCAGAUGAGAUGGCAGACCGCCUUCUUCUUGAACACGAUGCCUUCCCCGUGUCUACGACCAGUGCGAGGCGCAGCGGAUGGUGUAGAGAAUGCAGGCAAUCAAUCGUGGGUGGUGGGGGCAGUGUUGCUUGGAUCGUCCCGUGCAGGUGCUGGUGGCAGUGACGGUGCUGCGAAGCUUGCACAGCUCCCGAGCUUCGUGGCCCCUCCCAGGUCCAGCCACCACUUCCCCAUGGUCCGAUCCUGGCAAACCGGCACUUCCGCAUUUCUUCCAGCACAGGCAACACGGACAGCUGGCUUCGCAGCAGGGGACUGCAGCAUCACCGACUCGCGCAUUCGAACACACUCCGACACGCCACCUCUUCCAUUACACCGCUGGCGCCGUCCUUCGCAGUUGCCCUCAAGGCUUGCACCAAAGGCAACAGACUCUCUCGUCACAGGUUUCACGGCAGUAGACUCGGACCAGCUUGUUGGGGCAGUACCGUAAUACAUAACGAAGAGAGCAACCGGGACCUCAUCUCCACAUCGAUCCGACUGUCCCGCGUCAACUCGAACCCAGACUCGAACUCGACCAAGUCU